AAUACUGCAUGUCGACUUUGCAAAACACGUAAACGGAAAUGCAUUCGACAACUCGGAAUGCCUUGUACACUUUGCCAACAGACAAGCCGAUCAUGUUCUGCGUACCUGGAUGAAUUAGGAUCUUCGACCGCUAUAACUGCGCCCAACAGCCUUCAAGAUUACGACUUGGAACGUCGAAUUUACAACGAUCCUUUGCUCGAACAUUAUGUCGAUUUAUUUUUCCAGUAUAUCCACGACCCAGUUUUGACCGUCUUUCACAAGCCGACGUUCAUGCUCCAGUUCCACAAGGGAAAAAUCAAGCACUUUAUUCUGUAUGGCAUAGCUGCACUAGCUGCUCGCUUUUCGAACGAUUCGAGUAUUCGUCACAUCGAUCCGCGGGAGCGUGGUGCAAACUAUUAUGAGAUUGGUGUCCGCUUGCUCAAGCUUGCCAUUGACGAGAUCUGCAUGGACACGAUACAUGGUUGUAUGCUCUUUGCGCACUAUGCUUCCGGAUACAUUCAGGUAGAACAAGAAGCCGUGUAUGUUGGUGUCGCCAUCAGAAUCGCACAUCUUUUGCACUUGCAAGAAGAACCAGAUACUGGUAAUGCCCUGCAGGAUGAGGUGCUGAGACGUGCUUGGAGCAUUUUGUUUGCGUCAGACAGAUGGAGCGCGCUGGGGAAUCGCAUACCACGUAUCACAGGCUUCGAAUACACCACCGACCGGCCAGCAGCGAAGAAGCCUAUGCCUGACAUUGACUUCCUCCAGCUAAUGGGAGACGAGCCGAGCAAGGAGUAUUCAAAGGGAAUUUGGUCACCGAAUCGUGACCUACACGACAUUGCAUCCAAUAUCCAUAAGCAUCAAUUGGCGUUACUGUAUGAUUCAGCGAGUCCGGAGGCGUCUUUCGAAAGAAUCGAUCAGAUAUCUUCUGAUUUGCAAAUGUGGCAGCAAAAUCUACCGUCUCAUUUCAAGUUUACUCCUCAAAACAUCUACUUACAAAGCAGCUUGUCAUACGGCGCCAUUUUCCUGGGCACACAUUUAUCGUAUCACUACAACUACGUCGUGUUACUAUACCAAUUCUUGUCCUAUUCCGAUGCUCAAAGCAGGAGCUAUGCGGAACAAUUGGAGUACCACGCAUCGCACAUCUCCGAGAUCGUACGCUGGUCCAACCGAGUGCACAAUAGCCGACUGCUCUACUCUGUAGUAGCACAUAUCUUGGUCAUCAGCUCAUCAGUACACCUGCAUACGCUAAUGUAUGGCGAUGACAAGGCGGUCAGUCGAGCAAAGGAGGAUCUGGAUACAAACUUCACGGCUAUUAUGGAGUUACGACGGUAUUGGCCUGCCGUUGAUGUAUCAGCAGCUCGACUUCGAGUUUUUGAAUCAGCAUGUCUUACAUCAAGUCAAAACACAUGGCGAAUGGAUCGAUGGCUGGUGAAGUUUCUACUGUUCCACACAAAGGAUAUGGAUAACGAUCAACGCGAUGAACCGGUACAACCA